AUGAACCACAACAAUCCCUCAACCGACCAUGUCGAUAAAGAAAAGGACCAAAAUGGCGACUUGAGCGCCUCGGAAACGAUUGUGCCUGAUGAGAAACUGUCAUCUCCUGUCGCGCCUCUGAAUACGGAACAAGCACCCAACGAUGUCGCACCCACUCCCGAACCACCAGCAGCACCAAAUGGUGGCUAUGGCUGGGUCUGCGUUGCCUGUGUCGCCAUGAUCAAUGCCCAUACCUGGGGUCUGAAUUCAUCCUACGGUGUCUUCCUCGCUUAUUACCUGGCCAACAAUGUCUUUCCUGGUGCCUCACGGCUUGAAUUUGCCUUUGUCGGCUCUCUAUCAAUUGCAUGUGCACUAUUGGUCUCACCUGUAGCUACGAUAUUUACGAGAAAAUUUGGUACAAAGACGACAUUGUUUACUGGUGUAGCACUGGAGACUGCGAGUUUGAUUGGUGCUAGUUUUGCAUCGCAGAUCUGGCAUUUGUUCCUUAGUCAAGGUGUCUGCUUUGGCUUUGGCAUGGGCUUCCUUUUCGUAGGCUCGGUGGGCAUUGUUCCUCAAUGGUUUACGACAAGACGGAGUCUGGCGAAUGGUAUUGCUACUGCUGGGUCUGGUCUAGGUGGACUGGUAUACUCAUUAGCCACUGGUGCCAUGAUCCCUAGUAUCGGACUGGCGUGGGCAUUCCGAGUACUUGGGAUAGUCGCAUUCGUGGUGAAUGCUGUCUGUGCGUUGUUGGUAAAGGACAGGAACAAGGCUAUCGGGUCCUCGCAAUUGGCGUUCGACGUGCAGCUGUUCAAGCGCACGGAGUAUCUAUUGCUCCUCGGAUAUGGUUGGUUCAGUAUGCUCGCAUACGUGGUGUUGCUGUUCAGUCUGGCCAACUUCGCUCGCAGCAUUGGUCUCACUGCAUCGCAAGCCUCCACUGUCUCAGCGAUCCUCAAUCUGGGACAAGCAAUCGGUCGACCACCCAUCGGAUACUUUAGUGACAAUAUUGGCCGCAUUAACAUGGCCACUCUAAUGACUUUCGUGUCAGGUGUGUUUGCUCUCGUCAUCUGGACAAAUGCAAAAUCCUACGGCGUCCUCAUAUUCUACGCCAUCAUUGGCGGCACGGUCGCAGGUACUUUUUGGACAACCAUCGCACCCGUCACUGCUGAAGUCGUCGGUCUACGCAACGUGCCAUCCGCCUUGAGCAUAUGUUGGCUAGUUCUUGUAAUCCCUUGCACAUUCUCAGAGCCCAUCGGACUCGAGAUUGUGGCAUACGAAGGAGGCUAUCUAGGCGCACAACUAUUCACAGGCUUCAUGUAUGUGGGCGCAGCAGCCUGCGCACUUCUUCUCAGGAGUUGGAAGAUCGCCGAGGUCGACGAAAUCGAAGGGUUGCAAGAUGUAGGGAAUGUGGAUGCCGUGACCAUCGAGACAAAAGUGGCAGAGAGCGUGAAGGAAGUCGCAAGAAAAACAGCGAGGAAGAGAUUGCUGGGUUGUAUCUGGAGAUGGAAAAAGGUGUGA